UUCUCUUCAGUCUUCUGUAUUCUCUUUGGUUUAGUUAUUAGUGGGUGGUUUAUUUAGUUUACACCUAACCUAUUCUGUUACUUCUACCGGCUCCAAAUAUUUCGUCGCCUUACUGAAUGCAUAGCUGUAUUGGAUAUUAGGUACCGUACCGUAUAGAUAUUAUUUGUAUUUCCUGCAGCGUGUCUUAGCUUGGCACGAUUAAUGACACACAGACCAACUGAUACGAAGGGCGCUAUUUACUGGAUAUAAAUGAUGGAUGUAUCAUUACAACAUAAAAUAGAUUUGAAUUAUGCACACAAGAAACGGUCCAAUUCUCUGAAAUGGAGUAUUGUCAAUGGAGUGUUUCUGCUGGUGUUUGUUUAUGAUCUAUCAUGCAAAUGCUCGGGCUACACGUCACUACUGCACUACGUGGAGCUGGCGCUGGCGGCCGUGGCGUGCGCCAACCUGCUGCAGCACGCCACGCGGCUGCUGCGUGCGCCCCCCGCGGCCCCACACACCGAAGUGUUAUCAGCGGAUCCCGGGGCGUCGCCGGCGCGCGGAGACGCGGAGGGCUCGCCGCUCGCGCACUCGCCGGGCCUGCGCUGGCGCCCGCCCCCGCCGCCCUCACCCGCCCGCCCGCCGCCCUCGCCCCCCUCGCCGCCCUCGCCCCGACACGAGCUCCCGCUGCGCGACGAGUUCAUCUCCGACAGAAGAGUGCUCGAAGCUUACCUCGGACAGCAGUCGCGGCAGGGCGCGCCUCCGCCGGAAGUUCGCUCGUGGCCCGCCAGCGCUUCGCCGCCGCCGCUCUACCAACUAUCUGCACUCAACACCGAGGGUACGCUGGAGGAGGGCGGCGGCAGUCCGAGCGGGGCGGGCGCGGCUCCGCAUGUGUGGCGGAGACUCAAUGUGGACCCGCGGCGUCUCACGCAGUACAACUUCAACUUGCGGCUGUGGAUCCACGUGACCAUCCUGGAGCGCGUGGUGCGCGAGCUGGACGCGGCCGCCGCGCUCCCCGAGGAGCUGCGGCCGGGGCUGGCGCCGCUGGAGCGGCUGCGGGCGGCGGCGCGCGCGCAGCCGCGGCUGCGUGCGCUGCUGCCCUUCCUGGAGCUGUGCGCCGACCAGCAGUACCUGGUGCGGCGGCUGCGCGCGCUGGCGGCCGGCGGCUGUCUGAGCGAAUACCGCUGGCGCGCGGGCGGGCCCGACUGGCGGCCGGGGCUGCCGGCCGACGCCGAGCUGGUGCUGCGGCUGGUGGCCGGCUACCUGGACCUGCAGCUGCCGGCGGGCGCGGCGCGGCCGUUCUCGGCGCAGCACCUGUCGGCGGCGCCGGCCAGCCCGCCGCGCGGCCCACACGUGCUGGCCAUCCACCGCACGGCGCAGCAGCCGCCGCACUACGUGCUGCUGCGCGGCGAGGACACGCUGGAGCCGGGCGCGGGCCGCAACAACCUGCUGCACGCGCUGCUGCUGUUCCUGGCGGCGGCGGCGCAGCGCGACCCGCCGGCGCUGCAGCGCGUGCACCUCGGCCCCGCCGCGCUCAACAUGCUGUGGAUCAUCGGCCGCUGAUGCCGCAUCGCACCUACCGUGUCCUAACGUCUUGUUAUUAUGUGCUGACAUAUCACAAUUUGUUUUAUGCUACAGAAUACUUCAAUAGACAUGAUCAAAAUAAAAUAUUUUGCCCGCGACUUCGCCCACGUUUAAUACGUGCGCCAGCUCAUAGAACUAGAUUUUGCGUGAUACGAGUGGAUUUAUUAUGUUCAGUUACGUUUAAUUAAAAUAUGACAAAGGCUGAUAUAUCUUGUAAUUAUACCUAAGUGAAUGUUAAUGUUUUAAUUACUAGUAAAAAGUUUGACUUGAGAA